GCUACUCACUUACACUUGUCAAUAAACCAUGACAUUGAAUUCCAAAGUUGCCCUUCCAUUUAAAUUGCUUAAUAAAUCAGCCAUGUGCACGCGAUCCCAUUUAGUAACAUAGGAGAGACAAUAUUCAUAGUCAAAUUGCAGAUUCCUAAUUUUCCCGGCAAGGAGGAAACUGGCUUCUGACGACCCUAUGUUUCCGGGAAAAAUUGAACCCCGCUCUAGCCAACGCUCCGCUUAUGCAGCGGCGGAUAAAGUGGUGGUUGCCGUUAAAGCGGAGAAAGUAAUUUCCAAGACUGCACUAGCUUGGUCGCUGACUCACGUUGUCCAUCCCGGUGACUGCAUAACCUUACUCGCUGUCCUUUCUAACUCCAAAACCGGUAGGAGAUUCUGGAAGUUUCCGAGGUUGACAGGAGAUUGUGGAAGCAGUCAAAGGGAAAUGUUACUUGAUCGCGCUUCUGAAAUCUCCGAGUCUUGUUCUCAGAUGGUGCUUCAGUUUCAUAACCAAGUUGAAGUGGGAGUGAGAAUUAAGGUGGUGUCAGGUACAUCUGGCAGAGUUGUUGCAGCUGAGGCAAAGCACAUCGGGGCCAACUGGGUUGUACUGGACAAAAAAUUAAAGCAAGAGCUGAGGCAUUGCAUAGAGGAGCUUCGCUGUAACAUUGUGGUGAUGAAAGGUUCACAAGCAAAAGUCCUCAGGCUUAAUUUAGGAUGCUCGGAUGAAAUCCAAACCCCAUACUAUUCAGCUGCCUCUUCACCUGAUGAGAAUUUUGGAGGACACAGGAUGAAGCAUUCUACUCCAGUAAGCAGCCCUGAGGAGACAAGUACUUCCUACUCGAGAACCAGAGAAGGUUCAUUAUCGAGUUGUGACUCGACGACACCACUUUUCCUUUUCUAUGAACAAAAUCCACUUUUUGAAGGCAUGGAUAGAGGAAAACAUGCACCAGCAGAUAAUCAAGAUGACCCUGAUGACUCAAUUAGAGAUCUUCAUUCAGAUGGUAGGCUUGUCACUCUGUCAACAAACCCAACAUUAUCUACAACUAGUGAUCACAAGAGUGUACUUGAGAUUCCUCAAAACCACUUUAUUGAGGAAAAGAUCACUAUGACCCAUACAAGGAACUACAUAAAUACUUCCAAGAGUACUCCCCAAUCUUCUAGAACUCUACUUGAUAAAUUUGUGCAAUACGAUCAAGAUUCUAGGGAUAGUAGAAAUGGGCUCACUCAGAGUCAUCAAAAGGACUACACUGCAAGAAACAUAAGAAAUGCAGUUCCUUUAGGUAGAACAUCCUCGGUGCCCCCUCCUUUAUGCUCAUUUUGUCAACACAAGGCACCGUUUUUCGGAAAACCUCCAAGACAAUUUUCUUACAAGGAGCUCGAGGAAGCUACAGAAGGGUUCUCAGAUAUAAAUUUCUUAGCAGAAGGAGGUUUUGGCAAUGUUUACAGAGGGGUAUUAAGGGAUGGUCAGGUGAUUGCAGUGAAGCUAUUGAAGUCUGGUGGUUCUCAAGCAGAUGCUGAUUUCUGCAGGGAAGUGAAGGUAUUGAGUUGCGCACAACACAGGAAUGUUGUGUUGUUGAUUGGGUUCUGUAUUGAUGGCAAGAAGAGAAUAUUGGUCUAUGAAUACAUAUGCAAUCGGUCCUUAGACUUCCAUUUGCACGGAAACAGAAAAGCACCUCUAGAUUGGCAUUCACGGAUUAAAAUAGCAAUUGGGACAGCGAGAGGCUUAAGAUAUCUUCAUGAAGAUUGUAGAGUUGGUUGUAUAGUACAUAGAGACAUGAAGCCCAACAAUAUCCUUGUAACACAUGAUUUUGAACCUCUGGUUGCUGAUUUUGGGCUUGCUAGGUGGCAUUCUGAGUGGAAUAUCAAUGCAGAGGAGCGAGCAAUUGGAUCUUCAGGAUACCUUGCACCAGAAUACGUUGAUGGUAGAAAAAUAACACAGAAAGUUGAUGUGUAUGCAUUUGGAGUAGUUUUAUUAGAACUCAUGACAGGCCAAAGAAUUAGUAAUCUACAUUUUUAUGAGGGAAGACACUUCUUAUCUGACUGGUUCCACCCCCUAGCUGCGCUUGAGCCAAGCCAUGUCUUUGCCAAAAUUUACCAAUUGCUUGAUCCAUGCUUGGCUGGUGAGCAAGUCCAUGACUUCGCCUAUCAACUACAGGCUAUGGGACGAGCAGCUUAUUUCUGCCUCCAUCCAGAUCCAGAUUCCAGACCUGCAAUGUCAAAGGUCCUUAGACUACUUGAAGGAGGAGAUUUGGCAAUUCCAUUGGGCAUGGACUUGAAUUCACUUGGUAGUAGAAGUGGUCAUUUGCGCGGUCUGAGCUUACCAAGAGAAGAUAAAACGAGCCAUUCUCGUAAGCUCUCUCACUAGAACUUUGAUUCUGCAAGAACUGUCACAUGCCUACCAUUGUAGGUGUAUUCCAGAUUAUCAGUUUCACGUGAUUUUCCUUCUUAUUCGAUGUAAUUUCUUCUGUUAUCAUCAUCAUCACCAUCAUCAGUUCUUAUAGAAGUUAUAUAGCAUUAUGUCAAGUAAGAAUUACUUGCAUGUUUGUAGCUCAAUUAUUCUUCACUGCUAAUGAACAAUAAAAGGAAGUGUACGUCAAUGGAAAAAAAGUACUGCUCUUUUAUGCUUCUGCCACUAAUAUUACAUGAUUUUGAUGGUGA